ACGCGUUUGUGUCUCGAGCGAAGCGCACGUGCCGGGAAAGCGAUUCAAAUUGGCAGUGCCGCCAAGAGGCCGAAGGGAAAAAGCUGGGGAAAAACUGCCCCUACAUUUUCCAGCAAUAACAACAACAACAAAUGUAUGGCAUUUAAGGCCUAAUAAAAACACGGCGACAACAAAAACUGAAAAUCAAUAAACACAAAGCCAGCAAAAAGUACGUAACCAGCAACAACAACACCCAAAUGCAGCAACAACAAGUGAGCAAGUUAAAGAACCUUUGCGAUUUGUAAACGCUGCGAAAUACCCGUUGUGCAGAAAAAAAAAACCAACAAAUAAACAAAAAAGCAACAAGAACAAAAAAAAAGCAAAAAAAAGAACAUUUAACAACAAUGUCGGAGGGCAGCGAUAACAACGGGGAUCCCCAGCAGCAGGGGGCGGAUGGGGAGGCGGUGGGCGAGAACAAAAUGAAGUCCCGCCUCCGCAAAGGAGCCCUCAAGAAGAAGAACGUCUUCAAUGUCAAGGAUCACUGCUUCAUCGCCCGGUUCUUCAAGCAGCCCACGUUCUGCUCCCACUGCAAGGAUUUUAUCUGCGGCUAUCAGUCGGGAUAUGCAUGGAUGGGCUUCGGAAAGCAAGGAUUUCAGUGCCAAGUUUGCUCCUAUGUGGUGCACAAGCGGUGCCACGAGUACGUCACCUUUAUCUGCCCGGGCAAGGAUAAGGGCAUCGAUUCGGACUCACCAAAAACUCAACACAAUUUCGAGCCAUUCACAUACGCAGGACCCACGUUCUGCGAUCAUUGUGGGUCCCUGCUGUAUGGCAUUUACCACCAGGGUCUCAAAUGCUCAGCAUGUGACAUGAACGUGCAUGCCCGCUGCAAGGAGAACGUGCCCAGCCUAUGCGGAUGCGAUCACACGGAGCGGCGGGGUCGCAUUUAUCUGGAGAUCAAUGUCAAGGAGAAUCUGCUAACUGUCCAGAUCAAGGAGGGUCGCAAUCUCAUACCCAUGGACCCAAACGGACUGAGCGAUCCCUAUGUGAAGGUGAAGCUAAUUCCAGAUGACAAGGAUCAAUCCAAGAAGAAGACUCGCACCAUUAAGGCUUGCCUAAAUCCUGUCUGGAAUGAGACACUCACUUAUGAUCUGAAACCCGAAGACAAGGAUCGACGCAUCCUGAUCGAGGUGUGGGACUGGGAUCGCACUUCACGCAAUGACUUUAUGGGCGCAUUGUCCUUCGGCAUUUCGGAGAUCAUCAAGAACCCAACCAAUGGCUGGUUCAAACUGCUCACCCAGGACGAGGGCGAGUACUACAAUGUGCCAUGUGCGGAUGAUGAGCAGGACCUACUGAAGCUCAAGCAGAAACCAUCGCAGAAGAAGCCAAUGGUAAUGCGCAGCGAUACGAACACGCAUACUUCUUCCAAAAAGGAUAUGAUCCGGGCCACGGACUUUAAUUUUAUCAAAGUUCUAGGCAAGGGCUCAUUUGGAAAGGUUUUGCUGGCUGAGCGCAAAGGCAGCGAGGAGUUGUAUGCCAUUAAGAUACUCAAGAAGGAUGUGAUCAUUCAGGACGACGACGUCGAGUGUACCAUGAUCGAGAAGCGUGUCCUGGCGCUGGGCGAAAAGCCACCUUUCCUGGUCCAAUUACACUCCUGCUUUCAGACUAUGGACCGUUUGUUCUUUGUAAUGGAGUAUGUGAAUGGCGGCGAUUUAAUGUUCCAAAUCCAACAGUUUGGCAAAUUUAAGGAGCCAGUGGCUGUAUUUUAUGCAGCUGAAAUAGCAGCAGGACUUUUCUUCCUUCAUACCAAGGGCAUACUGUAUCGGGAUCUGAAGCUGGAUAAUGUGCUCCUGGACGCCGAUGGACAUGUAAAGAUUGCGGACUUUGGCAUGUGCAAAGAGAACAUAGUGGGUGACAAGACCACAAAGACUUUCUGCGGUACACCUGAUUAUAUUGCUCCAGAGAUAAUACUGUAUCAGCCCUAUGGCAAAUCAGUGGACUGGUGGGCCUAUGGAGUACUGCUUUAUGAGAUGUUAGUGGGCCAGCCACCUUUUGAUGGCGAGGAUGAGGAGGAGCUGUUUGCCGCCAUAACUGAUCAUAAUGUGUCCUAUCCAAAGAGCCUGAGCAAGGAGGCCAAAGAGGCCUGCAAGGGCUUCCUAACUAAGCAGCCAAAUAAGCGUUUGGGUUGUGGUUCCUCUGGCGAGGAGGAUGUGCGUCUGCAUCCCUUCUUCAGACGCAUCGAUUGGGAGAAAAUCGAAAAUCGCGAAGUGCAACCGCCAUUUAAGCCGAAAAUUAAACACCGCAAGGAUGUGUCCAACUUUGACAAGCAGUUCACAUCAGAGAAAACAGACUUGACGCCCACGGACAAGGUGUUUAUGAUGAAUCUGGAUCAGUCGGAAUUCGUUGGCUUCUCCUACAUGAAUCCCGAAUAUGUUUUUAGCCCAUAGAUCCGAUCUGAUCCGGUCUAGUUUCCAUGCUUCGCGUUGUGUCCCCUAAGUCUAUUUUGAUAUUGAUUACUAAAAAGACAUCUUGUUAAUCUUUGUUAAGUUUUCUGUUUGAUUUUCAACCAUUAUAUGUACAUCUAUAUUUAUUGAAUUGUUAAGUUUUUAGUUAAUUUUAAGAUCUAGAAACUGUGAAACAGAGCUUUAGUUAUGGAAUAUUCGAAUACUGUUCAAAGGCACGUCCUUACCUCAAGCCAACAAAAAAAGCAAUAAAAGCAACAUGUCAAAUACUUGGUAGCCUACCUAUCACUCUGCAUAGAACUUUGAUCAAUUCUGUCAGAUUUUCAAAAAACAAAAACAUUUCAUAAUAAGCAUUUCAACGAGCUUUUAGCAUGUGAAUUUUCCAUUUAGCCAACAUCUAAGUGUUUUUUGUAGCCAAUUAAUCGAUUUUAAUAGUUAAUACCGUGGAAAGGUCCCAUCCAUUUCUCGAUAUAGCCAGGAAAUGAGAGACUUAGCAGUUUUGGGCCAGAUUCAAACGUCAUUCGAUUGUAGUGCUAGCCCCGGCAUUAUGAUCAAAUCGAAAACGCGUUUAGGUGAGUUCGCCAAAGAGGGAAAAAUCGAGGAGAACAUUCAACAUUCCCAAGAUAUUAAAUACUUAAGCGCCGUAUAAUCAAAGAAAAUUCGGUUCAUUUUAAUUCCAUUAAUAUAUGAAUGUGAGUGUAAAUUAAUUUUACGUUUUAUUUAAAAAGAAAACAUUGCAAACACACGUAUAUAUAGCUUGUCUAUAUAUAUGGCUGGCAUAGAGUCUCAAUGUACCAUAACUAACAAAUUGCAUAGCAAUAAGUUAAGCUUAGAUGAUACUUAACACUAAAGCUGUAAAACCUAAACUAAAAACUAAAACCGUUUGCUCCUAGUCAAGGGAAAACUAUGUUAGAUUGCUCUUGAGUCGGAAACUUUAGUACCUUCGCAGGAAUCUAGCAACUAGCAACUACUGUUUAACUAUGGGAAAAGACAAUCUACUAUAAGCAUGUAAAACUAUAUAUAGUCAUCGUAUAUAGCCUAGACCGAUUUCCAAAUUAGCGCCAGCCGAGCUAAGCUUUUGUGCCUCUCGUAGCUAUCUUUCUCUCAUAGAAGAAACCUAAAAUUCAUGCCAAACGAGGCUAUGCGUAUUACGUAACUAUAGGGAAAUUAUAAAAUUAUAUGUGUCUGUCGAUGGGAAAUUUUUGUAGCCAAGCUAAUUACGUAGGGCACAACAGAGUAACUUAAAUGAGAAUUAACAUAUAACCAGAAUCGGUAAAGCUUAACAGUAGUUUAAACUAGUGAAUUCGAGACGUGAAAUGGAUAAAUAUUUAUUAACUUAAAUAUAUUGAAUUGUGUAACUCCGAACUUGAAGCAUUUAAAACGUUUAAUUUAACUAUCCAGUUUGAAAUCAAAAUGUAAUCUAAGCCAACAAGGUAGAUCAAAUGAUAUACUCGAUCCCAAUUCACGAUGGAUGAGUAAUCAUACUCACAACCACGAUGAGUAGCACUUAACGUUCAACGCGGGGAUAAAUCAAUUUGCUCGUAUUUUAAAAAGUAAAUGUAAUGCAUAAUUAACAUAUAUCUAUAGAUGUAUAUGUGUGUCUGAAUUACUUUAAUGACUUUCAUGGCAAAUAAAUGAAGGAAGCGAAAACACUUUUCAAGUCUGUUCAAAUAUUGAAAAUAUUACAAUUUAAUGAAAAUUAAUUUUUAUUAUCGAACUAUAUACAUAUUGAAAAAGCAUAUUGGUAGGACUUUAACUGCAUUAAAGUUUUAUUUAGAGUCGACAUUUUUACAAAACAUAUUUAUGUAAUUUUGAUCAUUUUCACGGUCGUUUUUUAAACCUAAGUCUCAUACGUAUGUAUUUGAAUUGCAUAUUAAAUUAGUACAAACUAAAUAGAUAUAUAAACAUAUACAUUAACAUAAUUAUAUCUAUGAAAUAUCGAUGUGAAAUUACUUAAAAGAUAUAAUACCAUAAGAUGUCACGCGAGAGAGAGAGCGAAAACUUCCAAACUAAACUAAUGAAUACUAUUUUUACGUCUGAAUAAUUCACCCACCCAACCACGAACAGUCAGUCAGUGCUAUAUGCCUGUGCAUAUGUGCAUCCACUAUAUACAUUAACGAGUACACACAGUCCCAGGCUGGAUAUAAUCUAUAAUUUAUUGAGCCAAGCCAAACAAAGAGACAAACUCGAAUAAAUCAAACAAACGGCAUUGGGCACACCACACACAUACAGUACGAGUACCCGAAAGUAAAUAAAAGUACUACUAAAUGCAUCUGAAUCUCGUAAA